AAUAAAUCAGAGAACGAAAUCGCCUGAAUUAAUUAACUGAAAAUCAGGAAAUUGGCCUGAUUUUAAGGGCGAAAAAAUUACAUGAAUAAUUCAUGUAAUAAUUUCCCUGAAUUCAUCUUAGAGUGUAAAUGCGACAGUCAAAUGUCUGACCUUACUGCGACGUCAGUAUCUGACCUUAGAAAGACGUACUAUUGACGUCCGAUGCUGACUAUGCGGAGUUUUUUUCUAACGAAAUUUCCCAUGCGGCUUAAUGUUCAAGCUUAAGCCGCAUGGGAAAUUUUGUUAGGUAAUAUAUAGCAAAUAUUUAUAGAGGCAUACAGAUCAAUCUAUCUUAGGAUUAUAAGUUUUAAAGAAUGGCAAAAUACAUGAAGCAGUAUAGAAAAAGGAAAAAAGAGUUACAAGAAAUGUUAAUUUUUAGUAGUAAUGAUGAUGAAAGUGUGUUUAAUGAAAAAUUAUUUACUUUAAAUCCGAUACUGUGCUCCUCAAAUAUCAAACUUAGUUUAAAUGAAACUAAUAGCAUCAAUAAUAAAGACAAUGACCUAGUUAGAUCUUCUGAUGAGAGUUCUUUAUUAAAUUCUGAUAUAGUUGAAAGUAAAUCAUCAUCGUUAAACUUUAACUUAAAGGAGAAACUUGCUAUAUGUGCAAUUAAACAUCGAUGGUCCUCUGCAUCAAUAAAUGAAAUUUUGGAGAUUUUACAAGGUGAAGGCUUGCAGGUUCCCAAAGAUUACCGGACAUUGCUGCAUACACCUCGUCGAACAUCUGUUGUUUCAAAAUGCGGAGGAGAAUAUGUCCAUUUCGGUUUGAGAAAUGGGAUUUUAAAAGUUCUUUCUCAAAUUCCAGAGUGCACUGAAAUUAAAUUAAACGUUAAUGUUGAUGGACUUCCAUUGUUUAAAUCUUCAAGUUGCCAUUUAUGGCCAAUAUUAUGCAAGUUUUCUACUGGUGAUAUAUUCAUUUGUUCAUUGUUUUGUGGUGUCAGUAAACCCAAUUCUUUAAAUGAUUUCUUAAAUGAUUUUUUGAAUGACUAUUAAGACUUGCAUACCAAUGGUUUAAUCUUCAAUAAAAAAAAAUUAUCUGUUUCCAUUAGUUCUUUUCUCUGUGAUGCUCCAGCCAGAGCUUUUAUGAAGUCAAUUGUGCUUCACGUGGGAUACAACUCAUGUGAGCGAUGUGAAAUUGUUGGUACAUAUGUUGAUGACCGUGUAGUAUUUCUUCCAGAAGAAAAUAUGGUUAAAAGAGAUGAAUUGGUUUUUAAUAACUUCGGCUAUCCCAAUCAUCAAAAAGAUCAAACACCUUUAGUAGAGGCUGGGAUUUCAUGUAUCAAAGCAUUUGUUUUAGACUAUAUGCACUUAGUUUGUCUAGGUGUUGUGAGAAGAUUAAUUAGAUUUUUGAAAAGUGGAAAAAAAGGACGUAUUUCCAUGCAGCAAAGAACUCGCUUAUCGAACCUGCAUGGUGCUUUAAACGGGUGUUUGCCAACUGAAUUUGCAAGGUAACCAAG